GGCCUGGGCGGAGCGGUGUGCGCUGGCGGGCGGGCUGGCGGAGGCGCGCGCGCCCUGCCCGGGGAUCUACGCCGGCUGCUCUCCCCGAAGUCCGUGCAAGAUUUCGGAAAGCCGCCGCCUCCUUUACACAUGUGCCGCAGCCGCCUAGGCAGGAGGAUCUCAGCUCGCGCCGGUUUCGCUGCUUCCCGACCUCCCUCGCCAUGCACACCACCGGCACGGCCAGCUCGGGAGAUGCUUCCGUUGCCGACAUCAUGGACAUAUGUGAAUCUAUCUUGGAAAGGAAGCGACAUGACAGUGAGAGGUCUACAUGUAGUGUCUUGGAGCAGACAGACAUGGAAGCUGUUGAAGCUCUUGUUUGCAUGAGCUCCUGGGGCCAAAGGUCCCAGAAAAGUGACCUCUUAAAGAUAAGACCACUUACUCCAGUCUCUGAUUCAGGGGACUUUACUGCCCUGCAUGGUGAAGCUGCCCUGUCUGAGUUACCAAAGGACUUCCAUUCUCUCUCUACCUUGUGCAUGACUCCCCCUCACAGUCCCGAUCUUCUCGAACCAUCUACUGCAUUGCUUCUUCCCUCCCAAGUCACUGCUUCCCAAACAGGGACAGGCCAAGCGAUCUCUUCGGUUACCUCUGCUUUGGUAGCCAAAUUGUCACGAAUGAAGAUGGAGUCAGGGCUACCCAGUCAGAAGCCAGAGGUGCCAGAGCCAGCUUCUCUUCAGCCCUACAAAGCUAUGGUAACCAGUGUGAUCCGCCACACUGGGGACAGUUCUGCUUCCUCUCACAUUCCUGCAACUCAAGGAGAAAUGGAAGGCGUUUCAAGCAACAGAGAUUCCAUAGGCCCGAAGGAAACUCACCCCUCAGGAAUUUCUGAAGCUUUUCAGGCCUUGCACCUCGAGAGUGGUUUAAACCAUGCUAAUUUAGUUCCCUGUCCGCCUCUUUUACAAAGUUCUGGUUCUUCUCUUCCUGAUAAAGGACAACAGGGGGUGUGGCCCAACUCAACACAGACAUGCUCACCAAAGAAUUGUGACAGCGAUGCCCCAAGGAAAGCUGCCUCUUAUAUUUCUGUCCCUGUUCCCGUCCACCCUCCCCCCGUCCUCUGCCAAAUGAUCCCUGUGACUGGUCAGAGUGCUGGAAUGGUUUCAGCUUUCUUGAAGCCUCCUUCCCAGGGAAGCCCAGCACCCAUCAAGCCCAUUUUACCCCAGACUGCUCCAUUCUCUCAGCCUGUGCUCAUGGGAACAUCAGUGCCUCAAGGAGCUGUUAUGCUGGUCUUCCCCCAGGCUGCUCUCCCACAGCCCGCAUCUUGCCAACCAAAUGUCAUGACUCUGGGGAACACCAAGUUACUCCCCCUUGCCCCUGCUCCCGUCUUCAUUACACCUAGUCAGAACUGUGUCCCUUCAGUAGACUUUUCCCGAAGAAGAAACUAUGUUUGUAACUUUCCAGGAUGCCGGAAAACUUACUUCAAAAGUUCCCACCUCAAGGCCCAUCUUCGUACUCACACUGGAGAGAAGCCUUUCAACUGCAGCUGGGCAGGUUGUGAUAAAAAAUUUGCUCGCUCAGAUGAACUUUCUCGACACCGAAGAACUCAUACAGGAGAAAAGAAAUUUGUGUGCCCCGUAUGUGCUCGGCGCUUCAUGCGAAGUGAUCACUUGACAAAACAUGCCCGGCGUCACAUGGCAGCCAAGAAGAUCCCGAACUGGCAGGCCGAAGUGGGCAAAUUAAACAGAAUUGCUUCAUCGGAGAAACCUGGAAGCACUGGUGUGUCUCUGAGCCCAUUAGUCCCCAUGCCGUCGUGCUCUGCCUAAGGAAUCAUUCAGGACAUAAUCUGCAUCUGAUAUUUUUAAAAAGCCUUCAUUCAGAAUACUUACUGUAAUGGCUGAAACACAGAAUUGACAUAAUUUUUUUUCUGGGUUUUUUGAGCAGUUCCUGAUGAAAGCAUGUUUGUUAACACUUUUUUUUUUUCCUUUGAGGCCCGUUCACAAUUCCAGUUUUGUAGUUUAAGAAACUCUUCGGGUUUUUUUGUUGUUUAUUUGGUUUUUUGUUUUUAAAGGAAGGUGUUCCAAAAAUUGAUUAUCUGAAUCACCAGCAUUGAAAGAAAACAUUAUCUUAGUUGUGAAGUUUACAGAAUCUUGAUUCACUUAACCUUUGUAUUCAUAAUUUUUUUUUUACAAAAUGUUACAGGGUACUAAUUUUUAUACUAGUGUUUUCUAUAAAGGUAUUUAUAUCGUAAUUACUUUGCAAGCUGUUUUUUUUUAUUAAUAACGAAAAACAUUUUUUAUAAUUAUCCAACUUGGUAAACUUGGAACAUCACCCAGGCAAAAGAAAUCAUUAGUCAUGGUCAGUCCUCUUUAAGCCUAAGAAUUUUUAAGACCCGUAAAUGAUUGACUAGGGGCCUUUUAAAGAAAAAAAAAAUGCUGUCACCUUCUCAGAACACCUCACAAGUAUAGAUACCCUAAGCAGCAGAUGUGGCUUGGAGAUCUACAGUGUCAGAGGACCAAGACCAGCCAGUUGCAUACAGAGUAAGAAACUGUCUCAUGAUUUUAAUUUUCUUGAUUUAAAACAAUUACUUUUAUAUUGAAAUUUGGAUGUUUGUGUUCACUCUUGCAAAUCAUUCCCACUCUCUUAUCUCACAAACCCAAAAGAUGUGAAAUCACUCAUUUAAACACUUUUUGAAUUGGAGUCUCUUGAUAGGUGACCUUAGGAUUUUUACUAUGUUGUGUGUAAAUUGACCUUUUCAAGAAGUAAAUGGAAGUGGCCCAUUGAAUGAUUUUCUUUCUUUCUGUUCACCAAAGUACUUUACUUUUAAAGUAUAACACAUGUGUUGACUGGCCAACUCUGGUUCUUUAAUUCCCUCACACAUCAGGAAUAGAAAACAAUAUUGCAACUGUCAAUUUUAUAAAAAUAACUUACCAUUCCACAGCUUUUGUAACUGGAAAAUGAAAGUGCUUUUUGGAAGCAGCAGAGAAAAAUGUUUAUAAAUGGGAAGAAAUGAAGGGGAAGGUAUAAGUUAAUUGGCUCUUUCCUUUGCAAUCCACUGCUACCAUUUGUUAAGUUUUUUUUGUAUGUUUUCCUAGACCCUGGAGGUAUUCUAUUUUGUCCAUCAAGGCACAAAAAUUUUUUUUUUGUUAAGUAUUGCACUGUAGUUCUAGACAAUUAGACAGUAGGGAUUGCAUUGUAUGUUGCACUACUGCUAUGAUUUAGAAUGCUUAUGUAUUUAGAUUUUUACAUAUGAACAUAGUUAUUGGCAGUUUACCUUUAUAAAAAUUAUGGUAAAUUGAAAUGUUGAAUUUGGUGUUAUACAGUUUUGUGCCUAGCUUAUUUGAUGUUGAGGCCCUUAUUCAAUGAUAUUAAGCUAUUCCAACCCCACCCACUCACCCCCUCACUAUCUUUAGUGAUCUUUAUGCUACCUAAUGUCACUACAUUAUUUAACCUGUAUGUAAGUGAUGUGUUUGGAAUUCACCUAUUAGACUGUAGAGGUUUUGAUACAACUGUAAAAGUAACAUAAUUUCAUAUGUAUAUUUUAUAUUUUUUACUUUUCCUCCCCCAACCCUUCACUCCCAAAUCUACCACAGUAGCAUUAGCUACUAAAGUCUGCAUCCAAAGUUUUAUGAUUGUAUAUAUUCUGUAGGGCCCCCAAUUUGUGUGUUUUUCCUGAUUAGGACAUACAAAAUUAUGAGUCCUACUGCUGUUAUCUUGGAAUAUAGUUGGAUUUAAGGGAAUUAGUUUUUGAGUGUUUGGUUGGAAGUUUCAGAUUGUUUCAUUCCCCUGACGAAAAGGACUUAAUGGUUGAUUCUUUAAAACAUACAUACAGAUUUUAUUUGUACUGAAAAUGGUUUUUAUUUAUGCUUCCAUUCUUGAAUUUGGCUAGAAAAGCUAUAGAAAUAUCCUUAGCCAAACUUUUCUGGUCCUCAUUUCUUUUAUCCCUUUUUGGAUAUAUAGGGUUGGGAAGCACGUCCGCUUAUGAAGAGAAGUUAACCCACAAACCAGAACUUUUGUUGUUAUUUUUUUUCUAGAUUCAGAAGCCUUCAUCUGAAAUCUCUGGGUAUUAUGCAUUGAGAAUGAUGAGGCAAAUUUUCCCUGUGCACUUUAUUGCCUGAGUAAUUUCUCUUGAUUUUUUUGAGCCUUUUUUUUAAGUUCCAAGAAUAAAAUUUAAAAUGUUUCAUAAUUGUUUUUAUAACAGAUUUUUUCAGCCUCUUAUUUAAUGAAACUGUAAUGUAACUUUUUCUUUGAAUCAUAUAAAACUUUUGAAUUGCAA